AUGGUUCCCCCAACCGGACCCUUGAACCUCGACGUCGAGGCCAUCUCUGGGAUCUGUGGCUCCAUCUCAAUCGCUUGCUGGGUCGUCGUAUUCUCCCCGCAGAUCAUCGAGAACUUCCGUCGAAGCAGCGCCGAUGGCCUCUCCCUCCAGUUCAUCAUCGUCUGGCUCCUCGGCGAUGUCUUUAACAUUAUCGGAGCCGUCCUCCAGGGCGUGUUGCCGACAAUGACGGAAAUGCUCACCAUGCCCGCCCCUCCUCACCAGAUCAUCCUCGCCAUCUACUACACCAUCGCCGACAUAGUCCUCCUCGGACAAUGCUUCUACUACCGCGGCUUCACAUGGAGGGACGAGGUCAUCCCUCCCUCUCCGCCGAAACCCACCUCCCGCAACGGCCGAUCCGAUCGCGACCACCACAACGGUGACGCCAACGAGCGCACCAGCCUCCUCUCCCAGUCCGACUUCCCCCCCUACCCUCACGAGCGCCGCGGCUCCGACUGGUCCGACUGGUCCGCCAACCUGACGCACCUCUCCCCCGCCGUGCCGCUCGUAGGCGACGACGUGCCGCCGCCGCCGCCCUCCCCGCCGCCGACGAGGCUGCAGACGGCCGCCUUCAACGUCCUGGCCAUGCUGAUGGUGUGCGCCGCGGGCGUGGCCGGCUGGGCCCUCUCCCGCGGCUACCACCCCGGAGACGGCCAGUCUCCGCCGCCGCCGUCGCCGCCGUCGGAGGACGGCGACCUGCUCGUCUUCAACGCCUGGGGCCAGGUGUUUGGCUGGCUCUGCGCCGCCUUCUACCUCGGCUCGCGCCUGCCGCAGCUGCUGCUCAACUGGCGCCGCAAGUCGACCGAGGGCGUCAGCAUGCUCUUCUUCCUCUUCGCCUGCCUCGGCAACCUGACCUACGUGCUGUCCAUCUUGGCCUUUGAGCCGCGCUGCGCCGGCAAGUCGGGCUCGUGCGCGCCCGGGGAGGCGGGACGGAUCUACGGGCGAUAUAUACUCGUGAACCUGUCGUGGCUGGCCGGCAGCCUGGGCACGCUGCUGCUCGACAUGGGCAUCUUUGCGCAGUUUUUCAUCUACAGCAAGGGGGCGGCCGGGGACGACGAGGAGGAAGGGUACGACGCCGGGGACGAGGACAGCGGGGACGAGGAGCGCAGCAUCGACGGGGAGAGGUGGGACCAGAGGCCGGAAGCUCGUCCCGCCGACCACGGCCGUGACGCCGGUAAACACGACCAGCGAGCCGUACCCGCUGCCGUAGGCCCCGGCCGCGCGCCCCAGCCACGGCGAGCCCCGGAGCAAGGCCUCGCUCAGCGGGCCCGCGAGGACGUUGCCGACGCCCCGCCCCGCGGCGAGGAAGCCAAACACCAUGGCCGGGUCGGCGGCCGCCGUCUCGCGGCGGCUCCGGCUACUGGUGGUGACCUGCCGCAUGAUGCCCGGCCAGGCGGACGUGUAGCUGCCCGCGAAGAGGCCGUAGAGGACGGAGAAGGCGUAGAGCAGCGGCAGGUUGACGGCGAGGCCCCACAGGAGAAAAGUGGCGGCGGCGGUGCCGGCGGCGGACAGCAGCAGGCAGGUCGUCACGUGCAGGCGGCCGUCGACCAGGGAGCCCAUGGCGACGCAGCCGAAGACGCUCGAGACGUUGAGCAGGAGCAGGGUCAGCGCGGCGGGGAAGGGAGCCGCGCCGAGGGCGGCGCGGGCGUACGAGGGGAGGUAGACGCCCGGCAGGAAGAAGCCCAGGGCCUCGGCGACGUUGGCGAGCUGGUGCAGCAGGAAGGUCCGGCGCAGGGCGAAGCGCAGGUCGAAGGGCCGGGCGGCCGAGGCGGCGGCGGCGGGCAGCCGCGGCCUGAUGAAGCGGGCGAGGGGCGCGGUGAGGACGAAGAGGGCGACGGCCCAGACGCGCAGGGCGGUGCGGAAGCCCCACCGGCUCAGGAAGUGCUGCAGCAGCAGCGGCAGGGCGAAGCCGGCGAGCCCGGUGCCGGACCACAUGAUGCCGUAGGCGAGGCCCUUGCGGCGGACGAACCACUCGUCGAUGUAGAGGAUGCAGGGCCCGUAGGCGACGGACCCGCCGACGGCGUACAAGACGCCCUGCGAGACGACGAGGUGGGCGACGCUGGUGGACAGGGAGCUCAGGGCGAGCGAGGCGCACAUGACGAGCAGGCCGAUCAUGGGGGACCACUGGGCGGGCUUCGGGUAGAGGCGCUGGACGCCCAUGAUCAGCGGGAUGUCGAGAUACAUGAUGCCCUUUGA